GGUUUUGUGUAUGAGGAUCUGGCAACGCUGCAAGCAGUCCACCUCUGUGUCUGUUUUGUAUGCGCGAGCGCUCCGGUGUCCCGCUGGAAGAAAAGAGCGGAGCGACUAUAAAGAGCGGGGGCGAAAAAGCAAGAUAUGAAAAAAUAAAAGUCGGUGUUUUUUUUUCUUUUUUUUUCCUUUCUUUUUUUUUUUUUUUUUCUUUUUUUUGCACUAACAAAUUAACGACGGAUAUUUUUUCCGGAAUCGGAUUUUAAACGAUCUCGUCUGCAUUUUUAUGGAGAAGCAGAGAGUGAGUGAGAGAAAGUCAUCAGUGAAAUGACUCAUGAUAUGGACACUAUGAACCCUCCAGGACCUGGAUAUUAAACACUGCCUACAGUAACUAAUAAUGAUAUAAUAACGUGAACAUUUGCUCAACAUGCUACAUUUAUUGGAAAAUCGGGAAAUCUGCACUGUAGGCUGAACCUGCAACCUACCCUCCCCUGAGCCUUUUCCAUUCCUUUGAUGUGAUUUUGUCUUUUUUUGUUCAUGAAGGACCAUCACUGUAUAACCUGAUGCGUCCUCGAAGCGUGCAUGUGUGGCGCAAUGGGUUGCUGUGUGCUUAGCUAGCCAUAAAUCCGUUACCAUGGCUCAGACGAGUUUACUGCAGGGAAAGCGCUUCUACUGCCGGGAGUGGGUUUUCCACAAGAUCCAGCACUGCCUCCAGGAGAAAACUGGCAUUUCCUGCAGCUCAGGAAGGGAAGGUCCGCCCAUCUCAGGGGGUGGCCCCUCAUCAGGUGCAGGGAAAUCAGGAUCAUGGGGCGUUUUGCUGGUUGGAGGACCAGGAAGCGGCAAAACAGCACUUUGCACUGAGCUGCUAUGGCCAAACUCACAGCACGGCAAUCAUCGCGGUUUAAGCCAAUUCUGCCUUGCAUUUCACUUCUGCCGCGCUGACGAUUCUGACACGGUGUGCGUAAGUGGGUUCAUACGAGGCCUCGUGACACAAAUCUGCAGAAGUGGGCUCAUACCACAGUAUGAGGAGAAAAUUCGUGACUCUGCCAUCCAGAACACGUUGAAGCCUGGAGAGUGUGAAAGGAACCCGAGCGAGGCAUUUAAAAGGUGUGUGCUGUUGCCACUUUUGAGCUGCACUCCUCCUCCUCAGGCCCUGUUUCUGCUCGUCGACUCCAUAGACGAGGGGAUGAAAGGUGGAGGGACGGAGUCGAGCUCCGGCCCCUUGAACCCACGCAGCAUAGGCGAGCUUCUGUCCUCCCACCAUGAACAACUCCCACCUUGGCUCCUCCUCAUCUGCUCCGCCCGUCGCCAGAACAAAAACAUAACCAAGCUUUUUACAGGUUUCCGCAAAAUCAGUCUGGAUGACCUACGCAAAGCUUACAUUGUUAAGGAUGUUCAGCAAUACAUCCUGCAUAGGCUGGACCAAGAAGAGGCACUACGGCAACACCUGACCAAGGAGACCGCAGAAAUGUUGAACCAGCUCCACAUUAAGAGCAGUGGUUGUUUCUUGUACCUGGAGCGUGUCCUGGAUGGCGUGGUUGAUAACUUCAUCAUGCUCCGUGAGAUCCGCGACAUCCCGGGGACACUAAACGGACUCUACCUGUGGCUCUGUCAAAGACUUUUUGUCAGAAAACAAUUUGCCAAAGUACAACCCAUCUUGAACGUCAUUCUGGCCACAUGCAGGCCUUUGACAGUGAAGGAGCUGUAUCACGCAGUCUGGACUAAAAACAUGACUCUGACCAUGGAGGAGUUUCAGAAAAAGAUGGACAUUCUUUCCAAAUUGCUUGUGGAUGGGCUUGGAGGUACCAAGAUUCUUUUCCACUACAGUUUUGCAGAGUGGCUACUUGAUGUUAAGCACUGCACUCAGAAGUACCUUUGCAAUGCUGCUGAGGGUCACCGCAUGAUGGCUAUGAGCUAUACGUGUAGAGCCAAACAGCUCAAACCUCUGGAGGUGCAGGAGUUUGCUUUUCACUUGAUCAACUCCAACCUGCAGAUUGAACCUUUUAACCUGGCUCUGUGGAUGGUGUGGAACGGCACACCUGCAAAAGACUCUCUCUCUACAUCCAUUCCCAAAGAGCAGGAGGUUUUGCAGCUUCUGGUCAAAGCUGGAGCUCACAUCAGCAAUGAGGAUGAUCAUGCUUCGUGCAUUGUUCAGCAAGCACUGGAGCGAGAGGAUUCUAUCCGCACUUUGCUUGACAACGGUGCCUCGGUUAACCAAAGCGACCCAAGUGGACGGACUCUAUUGGCUAAUGCAGCGUACAGUGGCAAUCUGGAUGUGGUUAAUCUGCUCAUUUCCAGAGGUGCCAAUAUGGAACUUGAGGACAACCAUGGACAGACACCACUCACACUUGCUGCCAGACAAGGACAUACCAAGGUAGUUAACUGCCUGAUUGGCUGUGAUGCAAACAUCAACCAUACAGAUCAUGAUGGGUGGACAGCAUUAAGAUCUGCAGCUUGGGGGGGUCACUCUGAAGUGGUAUCAGCACUCCUCUAUGCAGGUGCUAAGGUUGACUGUGCAGAUGCAGACAGCAGAACUGCACUGCGAGCUGCAGCAUGGGGAGGUCAUGAGGAUAUUGUCCUUAACCUUUUACAGCAUGGAGCAGAAGUCAACAAGGCUGAUAAUGAAGGAAGGACCGCACUCAUUGCGGCAGCCUACAUGGGACACAGAGAGAUUGUUGAGCACCUGCUGGACCAUGGUGCUGAGGUAAACCAUGAGGAUGUUGAUGGACGGACAGCUCUGUCUGUUGCGGCCCUCUGUGUCCCUGCUAGCAGAGGCCACGCCUCGGUGGUUAGUCUUCUGAUAGAUCGUGGUGCAGAAGUGGACCACUGUGAUAAAGAUUGCAUGACUCCGCUUCUGGUUGCUGCCUAUGAAGGGCAUGUCGAUGUAGUGGAUUUGCUUUUAGAAGGAGGUGCAGAUGUUGACCAUACAGACAAUAAUGGAAGAACUCCUUUGCUUGCUGCAGCAUCCAUGGGACAUGCUUCUGUUGUCAAUACGUUGCUUUUUUGGGGUGCAGCCGUGGACAGUAUUGAUAGUGAAGGGAGGACUGUGCUAAGCAUUGCAUCUGCUCAAGGGAAUGUAGAGGUGGUCCGAACUCUGCUGGACAGAGGCCUUGAUGAAAAUCACAGAGAUGAUGCUGGUUGGACACCUUUGCACAUGGCAGCAUUUGAGGGACAUAGGCAGGUGUGUGAUGCCCUCAUUGAACAAGGUGCUCGAUGUUCAGAGGUUGACAAUGAUGGACGCAUACCCUUGAUCCUUUCUGCUCAGGAGGGACAUUAUGACUGCGUGCACAUCCUUCUGGAGAAUAAGUCUUGCAGUGAUCAGAGAGGGUAUGAUGGAAGAAACUCCCUUAGAGUUGCAGCCAUGGAAGGACACAGAGAUAUUGUUGAGCUUUUGCUGAGUCAUGGAGCCGACAUAGACUACAAAGACGCCGAUGGCCGCCCGACCUUAUACAUACUGGCGCUUGAAAAUCAGCUAGGCAUGGCUGAGUAUUUUUUAGAAAAUGGAGCGAAUGUAGAGGCAAGUGAUACUGAGGGCAGGACAGCACUUCAUGUUUCCUGUUGGCAGGGUCAUGUGGAAAUGGUGAGGUUGCUGAUUAGCUACCAUGCAGAUGUGAAUUCUUGUGACAAUGAAAAGCGAUCUGCUCUUCAGUCUGCUGCAUGGCAAGGUCACAUGAAAGUUGUCCAGUUUUUGAUUGACAAUGGCACUCAUGUUGAUCACACUUGCAAUCAGGGAGCCACCGCACUUGGCAUUGCUGCUCAAGAAGGUCACAUCGAUGUAGUACGGAUUCUUCUUGAGCAUGGCGCAGAUCCAAACCAUGCAGACCAGUUUGGUCGUACAGCCAUGAGGGUGGCAGCCAAAGGAGGCCACGCAAUGAUCAUCAAGCUUCUAGAGAAAUAUGGUGCCACUAGUCUGAAUGGUUGCAAUCCAUCACCUAUACAUACUAUGGAGCAGAAGACCCCACUGUCAGUUACAGGAAAGAUGCAGUCACUUACUAUCAAAUCCAGUAGUUCUGGCAGUACAGGAGCUGGAGAUGUUCAAGCGUCUGUUCGAGGUUUAUCUAAUGGGCCCGUUCAUGCAUUCAGCUCACCCUCUGAAUCUCCAGACUCCACAGUGGACAGACAGAAAUCCUCCCUUUCCAAUAAUUCCCUGAAAAGCUCAAAGAAUUCAUCGUUGCGGACUACUUCCUCCACCUCGACAGCACAGACAGUGCCCAUUGAUAGUUUCCAUGGACUUAGCUUUACAGAGCAAAUACAGCAGCACUCUCUGCCUCGAAGUCGCAGCAGACAGUCUAUAGUUUCCCCUACUUCGACCACAAAGUCCAUCGGCCCACAGCCUGGAUCACCUAGCAGUGAAUAUGACUGGAGUCAAGUGAAACCAGGUCUGAAGUCCUCUAAAGGAGGGAAGAGUGGAAAUGGGACAAACUAUUGCACAAGAAAGGAAGGAUCUGCAGAUAAGAAGAAAUCUAAAAACAGCGGUGCCCUUCCACAUGGUCAGGUUUUGGAAUACGAGAUGACUCAAUUUGAUAAAAGAGUUGCUCUCAACAAGUCAGUCUCCAACUUUGCAGUAAAGGAUCCUCAUUGCAAGAUUGUGCUAGGUGGCUCCAACACCCUGGACUCUAGCCAAUCGCAGGAGCCAUAUUAUAUACAACAGCAGAGUUGCGCUGAGAAGAAAAGAAAUGGGAUUAUGACCAACCCUAACUAUCACCUACAGGGAAAUCAAGUCUAUUUAGGGAGAGUCUCAGUACCCAGAACUGUGCAUAACAGGAGACAUCAGGAAGUUCUUGACAACUACCCAUUAGGGGAGUCUGAAUUAAGCCUUAAACAAGCUCUGAAACUGCAGAUUGAAGGAUCAGAUCCUGGGUUCAACUAUAAGAAAGAGACACCAUUAUAACUGGCAUCUUAAACCGAAACCCUCAUCCAGAUGUUAUGGAGAAUGUGCCAAAGCAGCUGUUUUCAUCGGGAAAAAUAUAUAUCAGGGGUUGUAUGCGGAAAAAAAAUACUUAGAUCGAAAGUGCUCGAUCUAGAAUCCGAUAUUAUAUCCUAAUAAAUCGGAAUACAACACGAAAUGAUCAGAAAGGAACUGAUCCCAGAUCGGCACUUAAAUCCUGCAGCGUACAAACAUGCUCCCAGAAACCAUUGCUACUCAGCCCUCAGUAAAACACCUCAGCUUAGUAUAAAAAAGGAGGAGGAAGAAAUGGGAAAAAAAAAAAAACUGUGGAAACCUUAGGGAAAUAUCCUGUUUGCAGCAUAUGGUAAAUAAUAUGAACUGAAUAUCUAUGUGCCUACCGAUGUUACAGCCUACUCAUAUUCAUGCACACCAUCAUUUUUAAUUUAAUGUAUUGCUAUUUAAUAAGCCAUCUAUGCACUUUUUUAUUUUUUCUGAAAUGAGAAAAAAAAACUAAUCACUUAAUCUUGUUUUUUUUUGUUUUCCUUCAUUUGUAUGGUGCUUGUUUUUUGUUUUGUUUUUUAUUGUCUUAUUAUUUAGUUUUUGUUGUUGUUUUAAAUCGGUUCCGUGUUUUUGUUUAUCACUUUUCUACCUGUAUAAAACAAGUCAAAUGUAUCAGCCGAUAAAGGAAAAUAUUAAGAAUUUCACUCUGGAAAAAAAUAAUUAUCAAAAAAAAAAAACCUCCAUAACUAUCAGAAUCUUGCUGUUCUUUCACAAAGUCAGUCAGUAUACAUUCAGUAGUAAUGGCAGAUACAACAUACUCCCCUUCUGUGUAUUCAAUCAUAUUUAUUUUGGGGGAAAACAAGCCACUUUUAGUUGUCAUACUAUUUCAUGGUGCUGUGCAAGUUUUAUUUGCUAUUACGAUUAUUUUUUAACUCUCUCACUUACAUUUUCUUACUUUAGUUUUUUUUUUUUUUUAAUCUUGUUUAUUGUAGUAUUACCAAUGCCCUGAGGCUGAGGGUUUAUGUGACUCUGCCUUGUAUUUUUAUUUAGUCCCUGUGGGACCUUUCUUUCUUUUUUUUUUUUUUCUUUUUUUUUUAACAAAAAAACCUUUAUUAUUAAGUUGAAUUAUUUACAGUCAUAUUUAAACAUGAAUAGAAUUUGGUGCUAUCUAUGGAAAUGGAAAAAAAAGGUUUUGUGUAAUAAAAAAAAUUGACUGUAGGUUCAAUCCCCCCCCCCCCCCUGAAAAUUUUCCAGACUAUAAGACUUUCUUUUUGAGAAUGUACUCUGUACAAGUCUAUACAACCAAAUAACAUGUUAUACAAUAUCCAUCCGAGAGGAAGUGAAUUUAUUUACACACAUCAUCAUGGCAAGCACAAAUUACUAUUGUUUUUGGUUUGUUUUUAUUUGAUUUGAUUUGAUUUGAUGCCAUUAUUUAGCUUUAUUUGCCUCAGCCAACUGGUUCAUCACAGCUGGACAUAUCCUGUCUGUCAAGGAAAAUCUUUAAAGUGCAGUUCAGUGCCUGGACUACUGUUUUUUUUCCACCCCUGAUUACAUCAACUCUAAAUGACGCCUACAUUAAAAUUCUCAGCUUAACAUUUCUUCAUAAAUGUAUUUGAAAGAUCCUGCGACUUACUCGAGACUUAAACAAGAUUGUAAAUGCUAAUAAUUUUAAUAAAGUUUCGUAAAAUCUGUGUGAAGCACUGGUCGAGAUUUAAGAACGAUAAAAUCAUCAUUGCAAAUUUAGGUAAGCCUUAUAAUUACAAUGCAACCCUUAGGAAAUAAACACUGUACACCAGACGCUGAUUUCGGGUUUUUACCACCUUGUUCACCACAUUAUUCCUUAAUCUUUUUCUUAGACUUUUGAAAGGAAACCGCAUAUAGGUUUUAUUUUCUCAAAUAAACGUCUUAUAAUAUGAAAAAUACAUUUGUAAAUCUAUGUCUAGGCAUCGACUGUCAAUGGGACGAUUCUCUAUCAUUACGCUAAAGCCGAUGAAAUAGAAAAAAUGUCUUUUUGUCAAAAUAUUAAACUGAUGAAAAACAAACAUGACAAAGAGGCUGGAAAUUUUCAUGUCGAUUAACAUAUCAAAUUAAUCCAUAGUUUGGGUUUUAGGGCAUCAUCUCUGUAAUAUGUUCUCGUUAUGCCAAAGCUGAAACAGUACCAGGAGAGCGAGUGAACCUGUACGAGUCCAGUGUAUAUAGCGCUUGGUUUAAGCUGCUGGCAGUGAGAGCUAAAGAAUAAAAGAAAGGUAAAAGCAGAAAAUAAUAAUAGACGAUAAUAAUAAGACCUUUGAAAGCUCAGGAUGUCUGAACAAGAGCUUUUCAAACUAAGGUAAAGAAAGAGAGAGACUCUUUUGAAAAAGGAAUUCUCUACACAGUAUUCAGAAAUGUUAAGCCAUCUGUUGACCUGCAGUGUUGCUUUAUUAUUUUUUUCUGUUCCUUCACCCUGCAUGUCUGUCUGUCUGUCUCGGUCUAUUCUGUGUAAUAUCCCAACCUUUGGGUCUGAUGAAAGAAUUGUGAGAAUGGAGAUUGUAAAUAGCUUGACCAUGUACUUUUUUUUUUUCUUGUAUCAUAUUAAGGUGAUUUUUUUUUCUGACGUAUAUUAAAGUGCUUAAUAAACAUAUUUGCUUUACUGCUGAA